ACGCUCAAUUAAUGAUACAUACUUUAAGUUUAAAAAAUGAUCGUUAUUUUAUCUCCUGCUUUACACUCAUUCGCGAGAUGUAAAAUUUGUUUCGGUGUAAUUUUGUUUCACUUCUGAUAUGUGAUUUAAAUAAUAGAUAUAUAUAUAUAGUGCCUUUUAUUACAGAUUGUGAUAGACAUAAAAUAUUAGUCUGGAACUUUUGAUACUUUGUUGUGAUUCUAUAUAAGGAAUAACGUGUUUCUCUUCAAACUAAUUAAGAUGGAAUCUCGUCUUCCACAGCCAAAGAUAAAAUUAGUAAAAGCCAAAAGUACAUUAUCGACAGCAGGAAGCUCACAGCAUUCGAAGGCAAUCGCUUCUCAAAGUACAUCAAAUAUAACGAAUUCGACGAGAAUGGGAGACAAUAUGAAAAAUUCAUCCAAAACAACAAACUUGAACGGCAAGACUAGUACCGAAAAUAAUCCACCAAAAGAAACAGGAUUAAUUCGUUCUCAAACAAUGUCAACGAUAUUGCGACAAAGACCUACACAGCAAAAAGCACCCUUGAAACGACUAGGAAAUGCUAUAAAUGCCAUUGAAGUCAAACGGCAGAAUAUUUCUCAGCGACCUGUUCAACCACCUAAAACUUCAGUUACAACAAAUGUUAAAUCGACAGGAAAACCGGUAACAAAACCAACGGUGAAACCAGUGACCAAACCUCCAGCAAAGUGGGAUCUUAAAGGAAGAUUAGCAUUUGCUACAGAAGAAUUAUCAACAUUUAAAAAUAAAAAUAAAGAAAUGUCUAGUAAAUUUACUGAGAUGGAAGAAACUCUUCAGAAUCUCCAAGAAACUGAAAAUAUCUUUAAAGUAAAAGUUGAAAAAUUAGAAUGCUCAAAUGCCAAGUUGAAUGAAGAAUUAUCACAAACAAAGGCGAAACAUGAAGAAUAUUUAAAUGAAAUUAAAAAUUUAAAAGAAACGCUUAAAAGUUUAGAGACUUCAUAUAAUUCUGUCACAGAGUCUUUAAUUGAGUAUAAAGAUAGAUGCAGUAAACAGGAGAAAAUUCUAAAUGAACAAAAACUCAGACUAGACGAAUGCGAAGAGGAACUGAAAAGCGAGAAAAUCAAAAAUGCCAAAUUGACUUCAACAAGUGAAGAUUUACAAAUAUUAGUACACAAUAUGGAUAAGGAAAGAAGAAUUCUUCACAAUACCAUGCAAGAAAUGAAGGGCAAUAUUCGAGUGUUUUGUCGAGUGAGGCCUGCAAUUGCAAAAGAAUCUUCUAAAAGUUUAUGUCAUAUUAACUAUGUCGAUGAAUGUACCAUAGAAGUUGGACGAGGAGAAGGUGGUGAGAUUGGUUGUGGAGGAAAGUUACGUCAAUCCCGGCAAGAUUUUCAAUUUGAUAAGGUCUUCACUCCUAACUCAACUCAGUCAGAUGUAUUUGAAGAAUUGUCGCUUCUAGUUCAAUCAGCGUUAGAUGGAUAUAAUGUUUGCGUUUUUGCCUACGGACAAACAGGUUCAGGAAAAACAUACACAAUGGAAGGUUAUCCUGGAGACAAUAGUGAAGGAAUGAUACCAAGAACUGUGAGACACAUUUUCCAUGAAAUGAAACAGUUUGAAUUGCUCGGUUGGGAAUAUAGAAUCGAAGCAAGUUUUCUUGAAAUUUAUAAUGAACAUAUAGUUGAUUUACUGGACUCUCAACAUAAAUUGCUUGAGAUACGAAUGGCUGACAGCAAGGGAAACGACUUAUAUGUCAGCAAUUUGCGAGUUGAGGAAAUUCAUAGCCCCGAAGAAUUACACAAUUGUCUCUUAAUUGCUCAACAAAAUCGUGCCGUUGCAGCUACACAAGCCAAUGAGAGAUCGUCACGGUCUCACUCUGUCGCUCGAAUUCGUUUGAUUGGUAAACACACUAGAAAAGAUGAAAUGUCAAUAGGCAAUCUCAAUUUGGUUGAUUUGGCUGGCUCUGAGAGAUUGAAAGGAGAGGAAGCUGCCCGAACAACGGAAACAAAAAAUAUCAAUAAAUCGCUCUCUAAUCUUGGUAACGUUAUUCUAGCGCUUUUAAAAAAGCAGGAUCACAUACCCUACAGAAAUUCCAAGCUAACACAUCUUCUAAUGCCAUCUCUAGGAGGUAAUUCCAAGACGUUGAUGCUUCUUAACAUUUCUCCUCUAGACGAAUGUUACAACGAAACUCUAAAUUCAUUGCGAUUUGCCAGCAAUGUAAAUAACUGUAAAACAGGCACAGUCAGGAGAACCAAAAUGUUGCUUCAAAAUUAACAAUAAUCUCAAUAUCAAUACUUUCAUGUUUUGUUUAAUUGAUCAUAUUUUUUAAGUGCAUAAUGCUUAUUUUUAAACUUAGAAGGAAACGAUUUACUUUGAUAUACCUUUUAAUGAUUUAUAGAUUAUCUAUAAUUUCAGCAAUCUAUAUUAUUUUAUUGAAUAAAAUGUGUAAUGCAAAAAAGAAGUAAAAACUUUUACAUAAAAAAAUUGACUUGUCACAAAAUAAUUA